AUGUUUACACAACCAGUCUCAUCGCCACCAACCGUGGGCCCCGUGCCGACGUCUGUCACUAAUCCCGCCUCGCCCUCGACGCGCUCUAGUCGCCUACGAGGCCUGAGUUAUCUCCGCAAUUACACCCAAAAUCACCUGCUCUCCAGGGAGCACAGCAGUCAGGGUUCCGGUUCUCCAACCUCGAAUUCUCACGCCCAUGCCCACGCCCACUCAUCGCUCUCACACUCACACUUUCACCAUAAUACCACAAACACCACUCACAACUCUCAUCACAACUCUCAGACCCAAACUCAAACUCAAACCCAAACCCAGAACCCACGAAGCGGUACUGCGGCUCGUCCGACCCCAGCUCUGCAACGUUCUCUGAGCUACUCGCCCACGACGACCCCUCGUCGUGCCGACACCGACACCGACACCACCCUGAACCCGCUUUCUCUCGUCGCUUCGCUGCAACAUCCCACAACGUCGGCAUCCUCUGCGAACAGAGCCUCCACCACCCCUUCCUCACCCGCCAUCGAGCGUCCUCCCGUGGAUGCGCUGCCGUCUAUUUUGGACGACGUCGUCGCCAGCAGCAACAGCAGUCAAUCGGCACACUUGCUUGGGCACCCAUCGCAGCCUCGCCUCGACACCGGAACCGAGACCAUGACGAGAGCACGCGCCUCUACGACGGGCGAUGUCGUCCCGACCGCUUCCUCCCCCGUCCCCGACAAUUUGCCCUCGAUCCGCUUCUCCGCCUACUACGACCCCCGCGCGACGCGCCCGAGCCUGACGUUCCCUCCCGUCUCGAGAACUCUGCCCAGCGGCAGCGAGGUCAUCCGCGUCGGCCGCUAUUCCGAGCGUGACAACCAGCCCAACGUGCCCAACAACACCCCGUCGGCUGCUCCCGUGGGCUUCAAGAGCAAGGUAGUCAGUCGUCGACACUGCGAGUUCUGGUACGACGACGGGAAAUGGUUCAUCAAGGAUGUCAAAAGUUCUUCGGGCACUUUCCUCAACCACAUCCGCCUCAGCCCGCCAGGCACUGAAUCCAAGCCCUUCCCAGUAAAUGACGGUGAUAUCGUGCAACUGGGUAUCGAUUUCAAGGGCGGCGAGGAGAUGAUAUUCAGAUGUGUCAAGAUGCGGUUGGAACUCAACCGAGGAUGGCAAAACAAGCUCAACACCUUCAACAUGGCGACGCACAAGCGCCUCCGUAACAUGGUUGCCGCAAACUCUGCGAACUCUUCUUCGACGCAAGACUGCUCCAUUUGUCUCAACUCAAUUGCGCCAUGCCAGUGCCUGUUCGUGGCGCCGUGCUCGCAUACCUGGCACUUUAAGUGCAUUCGCUCCCUCCUGAAUUCUCCACAGUACCCCAUUUUUGUCUGUCCAAACUGCCGCAUGGCGGCUGACCUCGAGGCGGACAUCGAGGACCCCACGGAAGACUGGGAACAAAUGGACGACGAUGAAGAGGCGGAGGAGAAGCAGGAGACGAAGGACAAGGCCGUGGUCGCCAGCGAGCCCUUGCCUGCGCCGGUUCCGGCACCCGCAGAGAGCUCGAGGCCCCAGCUGCCGGAGAUUGGCACGGAGCCUGACGCCAUGGAUUUCACCGUAGCUCUGGAUAGGGCGCGAACUAUGGUGAUGCCCCCGCCGCCGGAAACAGUCGCUCCCAACAGCACUACCGAACCCGUCCCGAUUCCUGCCGUCGGGGCGGCGCAAGCGGCUGUUCUGCGCAGUGGGCGUGACACCAGGACGCCCUCUCCCAUCGGUAAUCACCUGACCAACGGCACCGAAGGCCCCAUCACCCCGCGUAACGAUGCCGGCCCAUGGGUAUUCGAUGGAAGUGCUGGCCGUCGCGCUGCCGAAGCUGCCAACGGCAUGAGAAGCCUCGACGAGGCUACGGAAAUGGAUGUCGACCGGUAG